AUGGGAGCGUGCACAUCGUGCAUGCGUCUUCUGCUUGACGCCGAAGCCGACGUCAAGAUCCAUGUGAUCGAACCAACUUCCAUCAACAAUGGCGAAGGAGCAUCGGUUGCUACUCGUGACGCAGCUCCACAGAGUCCCGCACCGCCACCACUUGCCACAUUGCAAGUGCCAGGACAACUCAGACCACGCACUCCAGAGCCAACCGAUCCACGCGUCGCCAACUUGUAA